CCGUCAGAGAGACAAUAUGUAGACAGGUCGACAGGUGAACAGGUAGACAGGUGUGUCAGUUAUCGGGAUCAUAAUGUCCAUCAGUGUGAAUCUGAGGAGGAUCUCCAACCUGCCGGGACGAUCCGACAGAAAGGUCGAACUUUGCUUCAGAGGUUUCACCCAUAAAACCAAAGUCCUGCAGUGUGAGAACUUGGCCAUCUUCAAUGAGGGUUCUCCUGAAAACAGACUUUAUUGUAUGAUUUUGAAAAUGGAGGAAGUGUUUAUUGAACUGGAGCUUCCACCAACUUCACCACAUCACCACCUGUUGGUUGGCCUAAGGACUACUGACAGAUCGCUCCGGCCAAAGCUGGUCGUCCAGUCUCCAGCAGUGUUUGUUACAUGGGGAGCGCUGUUGCUGACGGGACCACUCACUGAUGCCAUAGAGUCGACUGAUAUCUAUAUAGAGUUGGACAUUCGGUAUAAUCCAGUUGAAGGAACAGCAGGAAGCUGGGAGGGACACGACUUCCUGAGAGUCGAAGACAAUGAUGAAUCAUCUCUGGUCAUCAGGAAUGAAGGAUUUAAUGACCCUGAAAGUAAGCCGACUGUCACUCGCCCAGGUCAGCUGGAGAGAGAGGUUCGGCGUCUGGGGCGGAGCCUGGUCGGGACAGGGGAUGAAGAUGAAGACGACGAGGAUGAUGAUUAUGAUGAUGACCAGAUGGACAUGGAGGUUUCCAACAUCACCUUCACUCCUCUGCUGAGUCGUUGCAGGCCGAUGUCCAGAAAUAUUGCUGCAGCAUUUCCCAGAGUCCAGAGCUUCCAGGUGAAUGUGAACAUCCUGGAGGCUCAGAAGCUGGUAGGAGUGAAUAUCAACCCUGCAGUUUUCAUCAGAAUGGGGAAACAGAAAAGGCACACAGCGACGCAGAAAUCCACCAACUGCCCCUUCUAUAACGAGAACUUCCAGUUUGAGUUUCAGGAUUAUCCACAGAUCUUCUUUGAUAAAGUGAUAGAGAUAAAGGUCUUCCACAGGCGGAUGCUGGCCUUCCUGAUGACCCACAUUGGAACCUUUAAGAUUGACCUCUCCACCGUGUACAACCAGCCAGACCACCGCUUCUACCAGAAGUGGGCUCCUCUCACCGACCCGGCAGACACCAGGUCAGGGGUCAAGGGAUACGUCAAGGCAAGUCUCAGUAUACUGAUGAAGGGAGACGCUUUGAGCAUGCCCAGUCUGCCCCCAUCCUCCUCGUCCGGAGCCAGUGAGGACAUAGAAAAGAACCUGUUGCUUCCUCGUGGUAUGGCUUCUGAACGACCGUGGGCUCGGUUCCGUGUUCGCAUCUACAAGGCAGAGGGCCUGCCCACCAUGGACUCGGGGCUAAUGGCCAAGAUGUCAAAGGUCACUGAUCGGACGAUCUUCAUUGAUCCCUACGUGCAGGUUACCUUUGCUGGACAACAGGGUGAGACGUCGGUCGCCAGUGCCACCAACUGUCCAGUUUGGAACGAGGAGAUCUCCUUCAUUGAGCAGUUUCCUCCUCUGGCACAGCGAAUCAAAGUCCAGAUUCUUGAUGACGCCAAAAUGGGAGACAUCGCCUUGGCAACGCACUUCCUGGACUUGCUGCAGAUUUCUGAUCCCACCAGGAAUGGGUUUAACCCCACCUUCGGUCCAUGUUGGGUUAACUUGUACGGUUCUCCUCAGAACUCCACCCUCGGAGACGUCCACCAGGCUUUGAACCAGGGUCUGGGUGAAGGAAUCUUCUACCGUGGUCGAAUCCUCCUUGCACUCUGUGUGGAUGUUUACUCCUCCCCCAAUGCCGUUACCACAGAUACGAGCUCUGUUGCCCUGGGAAAGAUGAAAGGAGCGCUGGGUAAGCUGGGACUGAGGAAGAAGAGGAGCAGCAAGAAGAAAGACAAGAAGGAAGCAUCUCCGGCUGCGAGUGGAUCCGUUGACGAGUCAGGAGAGUCGGAAGUUGAGGUACCAGAGGCUGUUACCGUGGAGGUCGAGGAGACCCACCCACUCCCUGAGGGUUACCUGGGAGAGAGGGAGGAGUUUCUGUUGUUCGCAUCUCUGUUUGAAGUCACUAUGAUGGACCCAUCUAUAGGAACCAGACCGAUAACCUUUGAACUCUCCAUAGGGAAUUAUGGGAAGGCAGUGGAGGUUGGGAUUUCCAAGAAGAGCCAGAGCAAAGAGGAGCUGAGGAAGAGCAGGGAGGAGCUUAGGAGGAGCAGGGAGGAUCUAAAUGAGGAGGUGCAGGGUCUUCUGGAGUCAGAGGAGGAGCUGGAAAGAGAAGAAGUGCUGAUUCCUGAACCUGAGAACAGAUCUCUGUCUGCUCCCAUGAGACCCCAGCCCACCGAGUAUGACAGGUCUUUCCAGUGUAUUCCUCUUCAGUCCCCUUCCGUGAAAGAGAAGCCUUGUCUUUAUGUCUGGAGCCAGUUUGAAGAUCACAGCUUUCGUCUCUAUCAAGCUAACUGGCUCAACAAGAUGGCCGACAGGCUGGAGAUUGGUCUUGAUGAGGUGGAACGUCUCUUGAGGAGGCCAAGGAGUAACGCAAAGGAGCGUUUGGUGGAAGUGUUGCUGGAGAUGGUGGCCUCCUGCAAACAGUUUAGUGUUUUCUCUGACAAGAGGUCUCAGUCUCGUCCCAACAACUUGGACAGAUGCAGGAAAGAGUUUAUCAAGAAGAAUUUGGUCUUGCUAGCCAGACAGGCAAUGAGGGCCAGGCGGAGGAUCACCAGGCGGACGGCCAAACAGCGUUUGAUGGAUAGCAGGAAAUUCCUGAGAAAACUCCGCCUACUGGCUAAAGAGCCCCAGACUACCAUCCCGGAUGUAUUUUUGUGGUUACUGAGUGGAAGCAAGCGAUUGGCUUAUGUCAGGAUCCCUGCCUACUCCAUCCUCUUCUCAUUGGUAGAGGAGAAGAGGGGACGGGACAGUGGACGAAUCACCACACUCUACAUGAAGUCACCAGGAGGUGCAGCAAGUGAGAUCUUUGCGAAGCUGGAGGUCUACCUGUGGCUCGGUCUGGCCAAGUACAGUAAAGAGGCCACCUCCUGCUUGCCAGAGGAGUUUCUCCCAGUUUAUGAAGAGGAGGGGGAGCAGAAGGGGGUGGUCCCUGUGGGGAAGAGGAAACUUCCCCUUAGUCUGUCCUGCCAGGACAGCAGGUACUUCCAGCUACGAUGUCACCUGUACCAGGGACGUGGCCUGAUAGCUGCUGAUGAUAAUGGCCUAUCAGAUCCCUUUGUCAAGGUCCUCUUCUCUACACAGUGCCAGGUCACCAGGGUGAUGUCUGAAACACUCUCUCCAGCCUGGUGUGAGAGUUUGUUGUUUGACAGAGUUCUGCUGGAAGGAACAAGGGAGGAGCUCCAACAAGACCCGCCCCUCAUUAUCAUCAACAUCUACGACUACGACGCCAUGGGCAGUCCGAAGCCUCUUGGUCGGGCUUUUGCCGAGCCGGAGUUUAAAACUGUGGAGCAGUUCUACCAGAAGCCCCACCUUCGUUUCUAUGACAUCAGCAUGGGGAGGGCCCCUGCUGGCGAGCUGUUGGCCGCCUUCGAGCUUAUCGAGCUGGAUUACUCUGGGUUUGGAGAGCCCCGUCUCCCUAUCAGUGUGGAGCCUCAAGAGCUGACCUGCCUGGAGGAGCAGGGAUUUUACAUAAUCCCAGAAGGAGUCCGACCUGUUCUUAGGACCUUCAGGAUUGAGAUUCUGCUCUGGGGCCUGCGGGACCUAAAGCGGGUGGAGCUUUUUGAGGUGUCACGCCCACAGGUGAAGAUGGAGUGUGCCGGACAACAGCUGGAGUCUGAAGAGAUUGAGGGCUUCAAAACUCACCCCAACUUCAAAGAGCUGGUCCGCUAUAUCGACGUGGAGCUGCCAGAGCAGGCCUACCUCCACCCUCCUCUGAUGUUGUUCGUGGUAGAGCAACGGGCAUUCGGUCGGCUCGCUCUAGUCGGGACCCACGUGGUCCAGAGUCUCAUGGAUUUUGCCCCUCCCGAGGUCGGGGGGGAGCCAGAAGAGGAGGAGGAAGAGCCAAAGGGUAGGAGGAAGCAGAAUACGAUGAAGAUCAAUCCUCUGAUGUCAAUGAAGAAUAUCGGACUCAACAGCCUGCCAAUUGCACAGUCAAAGAUUCCAAUCAACCCCAUAAAGCUGGUUCGUUCUCCUCUGAAGAAACUGACGAAGAUGGGGGAGGAGCUAGAGGAGGAACUGCCUGAAAAGGAGCAAUUGGAUUGGUGGUCCAAAUACUAUGCUUCUCUGGAGGAGAUGGAGAAACUGGCUGCUGAGAAGGAGGAGAUGGAGGAUCAAGCAGAAGCAGAUGGAGGGGAUCUGACUAUGGCAAACAUUGACGAGGAGGAGGAGGAAGAAGUGGUGGUGGAAAUUGAGCCUCCCAAACGCAAGAAGAUUGCCACAAUAAAGCUGUAUGCAGGUGAUCUGGAGUCAGAGUUCAGUCAGUUUCAGGACUGGCUGCAAAUCUUCCCGCUGUAUAAAGGCAGAGCAAGUGGCGAGGAUGACAAUGAGGAUGAAGAGGAGAGGCUGAUGGGAAAAUACAAGGGCUCCUUCCUGGUUUAUCCGAUUGAUCCAGAAGACACAGAAGACACAAAGUGUCAGAUAACCAAUGGAAUCCCCAAAAACUCACCGAUUAAAGUCUUGGUCCGAGUCUACGUCAUCAAGGCCACCAAUCUGGCUCCCACAGACCCGAAUGGUAAAGCUGACCCAUAUCUGGUGCUUCGAGCUGGAGAGCAGGUUCUGGACACCAAAGAUCGCUACAUCCCUAAACAGCUCAACCCCACAUUCGGAGAGGUGUUUGAAUUCACAGUGUCUUUCCCACUGGAUACAGAGUUGGUUAUCAAAGUGAUGGAUCACGAUCUUGUUGGGGCCGAUGACGAAAUCGGCGAGACGCGGGUUGACCUUGAGAACCGGUUCUACAGCCGCCACAGAGCCUCCUGUGGUCUGGCUCUUUACUAUGACAUUGACGGUUAUAAUAUGUGGCGCGAUGCGAAGAAGCCGACGACCAUCUUGGCUGAGCUCUGCAGGAAGAAUGGCAUCCAGUCUCCAGAGUACAGAACAUCUGAGGUCAAAGUCCUCAACAAAAUCUUCAAGAUCCCACCUGAUGCAGUACCUGAAGCUCUGUUGAAGAAGAACCAGCGGUCUCCAGAGGAGGAGGCAGAGAUGGAGCAGCAUGCAGCCCUGAGCGUGCUGCAGCGCUGGGGGGAGAUGAACGAGUUCCUCCCUGGAGCUGUUUCCCUGGUCCCAGAGCACGUGGAGGUCCGGUCCCUGCUGAACGCAGACAAUCCCGGGCUGCCACAGGGUUACCUUCAUAUGUGGGUGGACAUGUUUCCUACUGAUAUCCCAGCUCCGCCCCCUGUUGACAUCAAACCCCGCCUACCCGAACAGUAUGAGCUGCGUGUGAUCAUCUGGAACACUGAUGAUGUGUUCCUGGACGAUGUCAACCCAUUCACUGGUGUCCCGUCCUCCGACAUCUACGUUAAAGGCUGGAUAAAGGGGCUGGAAGGAGACAAACAGGAGACUGACGUCCACUUCAACUCUCUAACUGGAGAAGGAAACUUCCAACUACUGGAGAAGUUUAAAUCUCCUCAUUUUGUUUUGUAGAAAGAAGUGGUGUACAAGAAGAAGGAGUCAAUUUUCUCUUUGGAGGAGUCGGAGUUUCGACAGCCAGCUGUUCUGGUGCUGCAGGUCUGGGACUACGACCGCAUCGCUGCCAACGACUUCCUGGGCGCCAUAGAGUUCCGUCUCUCCGACAUGGUGCGAGCAGCAAAGGGAUCCAAUAAGUGUACAAUUGAAAUGGCAAAAGAUCGUGUCAGCCCUCGACUUUCCAUCUUUCGCGCAAAGAAGGUGAAGGGCUGGUGGCCGCUGACCCGCUUGAAGACAGCCGAAGACUUUGAAAGGGAGGAGAAGGAGAAGGAGGAGGCCAAGAAGAAAGGCAAGAAGAAGAAGAAGACGAAGGACAAGAGGAGCAAGAUGAGAAAGGAGGACAUCGAGUACACCGACAGCAACGGCAACACAUUCCUGCUAAUGGGGAAGGUGGAGGCGGAGCUUCAGCUGGUGACAUUAGAGGCAGCGGAGGCCAACCCUGUGGGACGGGCCCGUAAGGAGCCGGAGCCUCUGGACAAACCAAAGCGUCCCACCACCAACUUCAACUGGUUCAUCAACCCAAUGAAGACCUUCAUCUUCCUCAUCUGGAAGAAGUUCAAGAAGUACAUCAUCGCACUGGUCAUCCUCGCCAUCCUCACGCUCUUCCUCGUCCUCAUCAUCUACACGCUGCCGCAGCAAAUCUCCGUCCUCAUUGUCAACGGAUGAGGAAACCUGCAGGGAGUCUUCAUCGCCUCGUCCUAGAUGUCACAGAAUGUCUCAGGUUUCUGAUCUUGAACUGAUUGAAGUUAUAUUUAUCUCAUUCUCUGUGGAACCAAUCAGUAAAACUCAUGAUUAAAUUUGUUUACACUAACUGCACUACAUUACCCAGCAUUGUUUAUAUAUGUUUUUUGGUUUCCCACACGUCCUGGAAAACCUGGAAAUUUAGAUGCUGGUUUUCCAGUCAUGGAAACACUUGGAAAUUGAUUAAAAUGACCAAAUACCCUGGAAAUCAUUUAUGUUUCAUAUAUUUAAUUUAUGUUGCCCCCUAUGUUGGCUCCUAUCCCAUUCAAUAGCUGUCCAUACUAGACAUGGAGCUGAACAGACUUGCAACGAUCUUUUUGCUGCUGGGUCAUUUUUUUCCUGGACUUGUGAGCAGAAUUCUCAGUGGCCCAGUAGAAAUGUUGUAGAGGGUCGUUUUUGAGAAAGCGCUGUCAUGAAAAGGUCCUGGAAAAUGAUUUUUUAAAAAGAGUGGGAACCCUGUAGACACCUAUUACUGCAGAUUUAAAUCAUAUAUUUAUAUUGUGUAAAUUAAAGAUUGUUUGACUCUUGUAGCAAUGGACAGAUUUGUGCUGGACAUAUCGCAUUAAUCUGACUGUAUUUCCUAAACAUAAACAUAACCCCAUUGUAUACAAGUGUAAUUUUGUUGAUUCAAUGUAGUUGU